UAAAAUUAUUUUAUUAAUCCUAAUCUGAGAAUAUUUUAAAGUGAAUAGAAAAACCGGAUGCCACAUCACUAAUACAAAGAUUUCCUGAGAAUGGAAACAUUUUUGGUGUAAAUUAUAAUCACAAUAUUUAACUAACGUGUUCUAAACAGAAUGAGAACUUGUAAGGCUUUAAAACAUUACAAAUAAAAAUAAUUAGGGGUUUGGUAAGACCUAAAUGGAAAGGCACUACAAAAAAGCUAUGCAAGCAAUAACUCUGUGAACCCAAACAAUUUGAGCCGGGUCGGCUAGUUGAAAACGUUUAUGUGAAAAUCUGAAUAAAUUCGAAAUCGCAUCAUUUGCAAGUGCAGACACGGCCAAAAUGCAAAAGCGUAAAAAAACCCAUAAAUUGUGAGCAAUCAACAAAAACAAAGCCCAAAAUGCGUGCCACAUAUCGCGACCAGCAAUUGAACAGCCAGCUAAUCCGAAGCGUAUCCAACCCAAAUCCGCGCAUAUUCAAAUAAAAGCGUGCAUCGUGCAAAUACAGAAAUAUAUUGAGCUGAAUCACAUAGCCAAGGCCAACAUGAAAACAAUCUGCGACAGCAAAUGGCAUGUGCAAAUUUGUGUGCUGCUGCUCCUAGUUGUCCUGCCCACCUGUCACAUCCUGCAGGCCGAGAGCCAGGAGGUGGUGGGCGACAUUCAGCAGGAGGCCGCGGAGGUGGCGUCGCGUCAUCAUCGCAGUGGCAGUCGCAGUCACAAUGCCAACGGCAACGGCGCUGGCGAUGGCGAUGGCAAUGGCAAUGGCAAUCAUCCCGGCUGCGAGCACCUCCAUCAUCGUCAGCAUCACCGGGGCAAGCAUCACGGCCCGAAGCACAGACAGAGCCAUUACGAGAUCCUGGAACUGGAGCAACGGCAGCAGCAGCUGGGUAAACACUGGCGCCAGUGGGUAAAUCACCUUCAGUGGCCGGAUUACGCCAACGAUGAUCCAUCGCCGGGUGGCAGGCAUCGUGCUAAUGGAGGGCUGUCCUACGACCACUUCGAUGUGGAGGACUUCCAGCGGCAUGCCAGCAUUGACUUGGCAGCGCCGCGCUCCGGUCGCCACCGCGGACGCCACCUGCCCCUGGGCAACCUCAACCUGGACGGGAGCGGCAAGUACCUGAGAUCCCUGCCGGAUGCGGUGAGCUUCCAGAACGAUCGGCUGUACGCCACCCAGCCCCAGAGGCACUGGCCCGUCAAGCGGGAGGCCAUCGUGGAGGGCGACGUGAUCCUGGGCGGCCUGAUGAUGGUCCACUCGCGCGAGGACAGCAUCACCUGCGGCCCCAUCAUGCCCCAAGGCGGCAUCCAGGCCCUGGAGGCCAUGCUCUUCACAAUCGACAGGAUAAACCGGGAGCAGUUGCUGCCGAACAUCACCCUGGGCGCCCACAUCCUGGACGAUUGCGACAAGGACUCGUACGGCCUUGAAAUGGCCGUGGAUUUUAUCAAAGGAUCCAUUAGCAAUAUUGACGACGCGGAAUAUCACUGCAACAAGACGCAAGUCCGGAAGGUCAUUUCGGGGGUGGUGGGCGCCGCUUCCUCGGUCACAUCCAUACAAGUUGCCAAUUUAUUGCGGUUAUUUCGAAUUCCCCAGGUUUCAUACUUUUCGACUAGCCCCGAGCUGAGCAACAAACAGCGAUUCGAGUACUUCUCCCGCACGAUUCCCUCGGAUCACUACCAGGUGAAGGCCAUGGUGGAGAUUGUCAUGCGGAUGGGUUGGAGCUACGUCUCAAUUAUCUACGAGGAGAGCAAUUACGGCAUCAAGGCUUUUGAGGAACUGGAGGAGCUCCUCGCACGCCAUAACAUUUGUAUUGCCAUCAAGGAGAAGCUGGUGAAGGAUUCGGGAGUGGCCGAGGACAUCGCGUACGAUAAUAUCGUGCAGAAGCUGCUGACGAAGCCGCGGGCCCGAGGGGCCAUUAUCUUCGGCUCGGAUCAGGAGGUGCGGCAAGUGAUGCGGGCGGUGCGGCGGGCGAACGCAACUGGUUCCUUUUCCUGGAUCGGAUCCGACGGCUGGAGUGCCCGGAACCUGGUAUCGGACGACUACGAGCCGGAGGUGGAAGGCACGCUGUCUGUGCAGCCGCAGGCAAACCCAGUGCGCGGAUUCGAGGAGUACUUCCUCAGCCUGACGGUGGAGAACAACCAACGUAAUCCCUGGUUCGUGGAGUUCUGGGAGGAUCACUUUCAGUGCAGAUAUCCUGGUAGUACCAGCACUCCAUAUAAUAACUACACCAAACAGUGCACCAAAAAGGAGCGACUUUCCAGGCAGAACACCGACUUCGAGGAUCAGUUGCAGUUUGUCAGCGAUGCGGUCAUGGCAUUUGCAUAUGCCCUGAGGGACAUGCAUCGGGACUUGUGUGGCGGAGGUCCUUCGCUCUGCGACGCCAUGAAGCCAACGAAGGGCGCCGAUUUGCUCAAAUAUUUGCGUAAAGUGGAGUUCGAGGGCCUCAGCGGCGACGAGUUCCGCUUCGACGGGAACGGCGACGGUCCGGCCCGCUACAACAUUAUCCACUUCAAGCAGUCCCAGGCGGGCCAGUACCACUGGGUCAAGGUGGGCGAGUACACGGAGGGCGAGCUGCGGCUCAAUAUGUCUGAGGUGAAGUUCAAGCGGCUGAGCCCCAAGCCGCCGGAGUCCGUCUGCAGCCUGCCCUGUCUGGUGGGCCAGGCCAAGAAGUACGUCGAGGGCGAGAGCUGCUGCUGGCACUGCUUCAAUUGCACAACCUAUCAAAUCCGCCACCCGGAUGACGAGACCCACUGCAGGCUGUGCAAGCUGGGAACCCUGCCCGACGCCCACAAGCAGUACUGCCGCCCCAUCCCGGAGAUAUAUCUCCGGCCGGAGUCCGCCUGGGCCAUUGGGGCGAUGGCGUUUAGUGCGACCGGCAUCCUGGUCACGCUCUUUGUCAUGGGCGUGUUCGUCAGGCACAACGACACGCCCAUCGUGCGCGCAUCGGGGCGGGAGCUGAGCUACAUCCUGCUGGCCGGCAUUUUCAUGUGCUACGGUGUCACAUUUGCACUCGUCCUGAAGCCCACCAACAUAGUGUGUGCCAUUCAGCGAUUCGGUGUGGGCUUCUGCUUCACGGUCGUCUACGCUGCACUGUUGACCAAAACGAAUCGCAUCGCCCGGAUUUUCAAAGCGGGCAAACAGUCCGCCAAGCGACCCUCCUUCAUCAGCCCCAAGUCCCAGCUGGUAAUCUGUGCGUGCUUCGUUAGUGUGCAGAUACUCAUCAACGGCGUUUGGAUGGUAAUUGCACCAUCACAUGCCAUGCAUCAUUAUCCAACACGCGAGGAUAACCUGCUCGUCUGCGACUCCUACAUCGACGCCUCCUACAUGAUUGCGUUCUCGUAUCCAAUCUUCUUGAUUGUAAUUUGCACGGUCUACGCGGUGCUCACGCGAAAGAUUCCGGAAGCCUUCAACGAAUCGAAGCAUAUUGGAUUUACCAUGUACACCACCUGUGUCAUUUGGCUGGCGUUUGUGCCGCUUUACUUCGGUACCGCCAACCACGUACCGCUGCGCAUCACCAGCAUGUCCGUGACCAUCAGCUUGUCCGCCAGCGUGACCAUCGCAUGUCUCUUUUCGCCCAAGCUGUACAUAAUACUCAUACGCCCCGAGCGCAACGUGCGCCAGAGUAUGAUGCCGCCGCGCUACGGCAACAUGCACCGCACCGCCGGAACAGGACCCUCGUCCAUGAUGGCCGCCGCCGUGGUGACCGCCGCCACCUGUGCUCAGGAGGAGAAGAUCCAGAAGCAUAUCACGCCCACGAACACGGAAAACUCGCUGAAGACGAAGAAAUUGUGCGAGAUGGCCACUCAGACGAUAUCCAGCAUAAUCACGUCGCUGGACAUCAAUGCGUACAAUCAAAUACCAUAUGCCGAUCAAUAUGUGCCAAACAAUACGACAACGGCCACGACCACGCCCACCGAUAAGGGCAGUGGCAACAGCAAUAGCAGUAGCAACAGCAACAGCAACAGCAAUGGAGAUGGCGACGAGGUAACGGAGCAAGUGGUGGCCAACAAUAAUAAAAUCAAUCAGAGGCAACAUGGCCAGCCGACAGUGGCUUUUGCCAUCACAACGGCUAACAAUCACAUAAGCGGCCCAGCAGCAAUCAUAACAACAACAGCGGCAACUGGCGAAACCACAACAGAGUCUCCGGCAGCAACAAUAACAACAGCUCUGGCAUCGGGGGAUGUCACUGGAACGGAAACCGCAUCCGUGCCGGCCAACAAUGGAGCUGGCAAUGGAAGCCAACGUCCGCCGGUUUUGCAAACAAACUUAUAACUAAACGCACAACAAUUGCAGCAGCAGCUGCUGAAGGAGCAGCAGCGACAGCAGGCGGAGUUGCAGCAGCAACAGCAGCAACCUGCAACACAGAGCUCUUCCAGCGACACCGGCAGCACGGGCAGCGGUAGUACGGCGAAAAAGCGCGCCGCGAUUCCCGUUUAAGCCGCAUCAGAGAUUGGAGAUUCCAUGCAACAAUACGUAAGUAGAGUGUCUGUGUAAAGUGUCUGUUCAGCUAAGCUUUUCCAAGGGUCAGGGGUCAGAGGUCAGGAUAAGCUAACAAAAGCCGACUCUUUUAAGUGCCUGCCAGGAAACGACUUUAUUACUGGCAGCUGUGCCACAGAAAUACUUUCAAAUUUUAGAAAGCUUUUUGUAAAAUUGCAGAGCAGCAAUUCAAUGAACAUUGAUUAAAAAAUUAAAAAGAAAAAAGAAAUUAACUAUAUUUACUUUACCAAACCCAUUUGUUUUACAAAUAAUUUAUUUUUUUAUUUUUAUUUCUUAAGAUUUCAAAACAAUUCUAUCUACUUUUUGUACAUUUUGUGAUUUUUAAAUAAAGUUACUCUGAAAAAGGUUUUCUCAGAAUUAGGCGAGCGACAAGUUGUAACUCCAAAUGUUACUCAGUUAUAAAAAAUCGGGACAGAAUAUAUUUCAGUGGCACCAAAGAGUAUCUUCCGAUUAUAACAGACAUAUUAAAGCCCAGAGGGAACUGACUAAGCAACGUCCCAAAUAAAAGGCUUAACGUAAAUCUUUCACAAACUCUUCCCAAUAACGAAUGUGUUUUCAGCAUUUUACACUUCAGCACAAAACCAAAAUAUAAUUAAAAAUAACUAGUCAUUCUUAAACUAAUAUUAAGUGUUUACCUCUUAAGCUUAUCUAGUUUUCUAAGCGUUGUUUCAAGGCGUUCCGAAUGAAACCAAAAACGAAAAUGUGAUAUAAUUUCAAAAAUGUGUUUUCUACAAACGAAGUAAACUUACAAGCUAUCUGGAUAGUACAUGUAAUUCGUAGGCUAAGUAAGGCAAACACUGUACAGUGAGCACUGGGAAACGGCAGAUUUUUUUCGAGGGCGCAAUUAUGUUCCAAAAGGGCUGGAAUCCAGCCCCUUUGCAAUGUAGCAGCUAGGUAGAACAAUUACAAUUGCAUUUAUUGUGUUGUUUGAGCCCAUCAACAUGGUAGAUUUAAUUGUUGUCCAACUAAGGUGUACAUAUAGUACUUUACAAAUAAACUUAUUGUCGUAGUUCAACCUUGAUGUGAAUACAGAUUAAUGUUAAUUGUGCAGCUUACAACUUGAAACUUGUUAUCUAAAAAAUGCAUAGUUAAAUAUUUGUUAUAGAAAGCAAGUAAUGCAAAUCGUGUCUAGCCAAAUCAUGGGGUACAAAAUUAGCGAAAUAUAUUCGUUUUCCUUGUCUGUGUGUUCAAUGUAAAUAAUCGUUAAUGGAAACCCAUGGAACAUCCAAGAUUUGAAUGUCUUUCGAAUUAGUUACUUGAUGUAUAGUUAUUAAUACUAUUGACAACAAUACGCUGAAUGUUAUUUGGCUGCAUAUAUAUUUACGAAUAAAGCAAGACGAAUAUCAAAGAA